AGUCUCUCUCUCUCUCAUUCUCUCUCUCUCUCUCUUCCUCCUGCUGCUGCCUGGUAGGUAGUUCAGUAGUGAACAGGCAGGACUCAGAGACUCAGCUCCCAGCAUUCAGCUCUCAUUUAUAACUAUAGGCUCUGCUCAGCCUCAGCAUUUACCCUAAAUAAUCACCCACAGUUUACUGGAUCAAAUGUGCCAAAGGACUUUAUUUGGGAUUAGCCUCGGUUUGCUGUGCUUGUAUUUAGUCACAGGUACAAAUGCCAGCUCUAAUUUGCGGCUUGACCCACCGAGAAUUGUGGCAAGCUAUGGAAGUUCUAUCUCUGCAACAUGCAGCACAGAUGUUGCAGACUACUUGAUUAUGGAUUGGGAGGCACCAAUAGGAACGAGCGAAAAAACAGGACCUAAGAUGGUCACCUGGAUAGUGGGGAAUCUGACAGAAUGGAACAUGAAACCACUUUGCUACAUCAGCGUUAAUACAGACGGUCCAGAAAAACUCCUACUCAGCCUGACUGUAUACAAGAUUCCUGACGGCGUGUGGGUCAGCAUUGUGGGUCACACUGGACCGAUGAUUGAGGGCCGACAUUAUGAUCUCCAGUGUGAUAUUCAGAACGUCGCUCCUGUUGGGAAUGUCAUUGUGAAGUGGUUUAAAGGAGACACUCUAGUGGGAAAUACAACCUUUAGUGAAUCCAGCAAAACUCCAGAGAAUCUGUUAACUACACUCCAGAUCUCCCCCAACAGAAAUGAUAAUGGAGUUCAGUACAGGUGUGAGGCAGAACUGGAUCUGGGACCAGAUGGACCUCAACCUCCUCCUGCAGUGAUGUCAGAUCCCCUCACCACUACUGUACACUAUGGACCAGAAAUUUCGUGCUCAGGCAAUGUUACAGCAAUACAUAAUGAAGAGUUUACGCCCAACUGCACUGUACAGGGUCAUCCAACACCUAAAAUUACUUGGUACAAGGAAGGUGUAACAGUGUUGUUUCCUAAAAUAAUGGACAUUAAUGAUGCUGGACAGUAUAUUUUAAAUGCAAGCAGUUACACCCAUGCCAUCCACCCAGUGGAAAUUCAGGUGUUGUAUGCACCGUUUGAAAUUAAGGAGUUGGAGAAAACUACUAUAAAUCAGAAUUAUGACGGGGUGCUAAAGUGCUCUUCCGUCUCCAAGCCUCGCCCACAAUACAAUUGGACAUACCCGCCAGCAGCCAACGUGAGGGUUGUGAACGUAGAUGGAGUAUCUCUGCUACACCUAGAUUACAUCACGAGAAACAACACUGGAAAUUACACCUGCACUGCCUACAAUUUUCUUGGAGAAACGUCACAAUCUGUCCGAGUUGAGAUGGGAGCCACUCAGACAAGCAGCGCGUCCAUCACUACUGUGAAUCACUCUGGACCGAUGAUUGAGGGAACCCAGUAUGAGCUCCAGUGUGAUGUUCAGUAUGUUGCUCCUGUUCAGCACAUUACAGUACACUGGUACAAAGGAACGACUCGGCUGAACUCUCAGAGCUUCAAUCUCUCGCAGACUGGGAACAAAUAUCAGACAAACCUGUUUUCUACACUCCGAGUCUUCAGCAACAGGACUGACAAUGGAGCUCAGUACAAGUGCGUGGCAGAACUCACACCAAAGGCAGAUGGACGUCACAGGAUCAGCGUUACUUCAGAACCUCUCAAUAUUACUGUACACUACAAGCCUGUUAUCAACAUAGAGAAAUUGCCGUCAGUUGUGCCAGUGUUCCGGGGCUAUCAAGAGGUGCUUGUCUGUGAGGCCGAGGGUUAUCCAGCACCCACUAUCAUUUGGACCUUCAAAUCCCAUAUGGUUAUGGGAGAAAACUACACUAUAGAGGAAGCUACAAACGAGAAUGUUGGUCUCUACACCUGCACUGCAAACAAUUCUGUUAAUACCACCAUCAUAGUGGUGAAAGUGAUCUUAAAAGAGGACUACCUGCCCCUGAUUGCAGGUUUUGUUGCACUUGUGGUGGUGAUCACUUCAGUCUUCUUCAUCGUCAUCUACUCCAUCUACUACAAAAACACCAAGAUGGGCCGCUACAUGGUGGAGGGCGCCAAGCCCAACGCUCAGAACGGAAACGUGGCACAGAACGGCAAAGACAGCGCAAUACCCAUGAAGAAACUCUCACAGUACAGCAUCUCUCUAUAGGACGUGCCUGCUGCUUUCUUUCUAGUGUGUUUGGACUCCUGCCACUAAGUGCGACUUAUUCUUGACAUGUCCUCCUACGGAUUAGAAGGACUGGAGUGCCCUGGAACUCUGCAGAUCCUCACUGGGAAUUUGGCUUUUCCAGCUGAGGUGAAACCGCUGAGUUAUUCGCUGAGCCAUGCUCUUUUUACAGCUUUUAGCCACCAGCUUGUUCAUCUUCAUACCAAACCUGCAGUCACAUUAACUCGAAUGUUCACUCGUGAGCCCACUUUAUGUGACUGAAACUACUGAUGAACUAUAGCAGAUUUAAAGGCACUAAUGUUAAGAUUGUAGAGUUUUCUAUGUUUUUAUUUUCACCAACAUCUUUUAUAAUGAACCACUAGAUCCCAAAACUGCUGAACUGAGUACUGUGAGCUGCCAUGUUUUAUAGUCCUUUUAUACUUUUUUUUACUAAUAUAAUGGGCCACACUGAGUUUCUCAGACAGGGAUUAAGCCUAGACUGUAACCAGUUGUAUUUUUCUACACUAAAAUCAUACAGUAAAUAGCGAUGUUCCAUUGUAAAGCUGUUAAAAGGGAUGCAUCUUGGGAUUUCCUUUGAAUACAGCUUUCAACUGUAUAUUUAAGGGAAAAAACGUGAGUUUAAUAAAGCAUUUUAGGUUAUUUACAGUAAGUUCAAGGGUAAGUGCUAGUCAUGGUUAGCAGCGCUAGCCAGCCGCAGUUAGGAGUGCUAGCCAGUCGCUGUUAGCAAUGCUAGUCAGCCCCGGUUAGCAGUGCUAUUCAACCACAAUUAGCAGCGCUAGCCUGUUGCAGUUAGCAAUGCUAGUCAGCCCCGGUUAGCAGUGCUAUUCAACCACAAUUAGCAGCGCUAGCCUGUUGCGGUUAGCAGUGCUAGUCAGCCCCGGUUAGCAGUGCUAGUCAGCCGCAAUUAGCAGCCCUAGCCAGCCAUGGUUAGCAGUGCUAGUCAGCCCCGGUUAGCAGUGCUAGUCAGCCCCGGUUAGCAGUGCUAGUCAGCCCCGGUUAGCAGUGCUAUUCAACCACAAUAAGCAGCGCUAGCCAGUCACGGUUAGCAAUGCCAUUUAACCACAAUUAGCAGCCCUAACCAGCCGUGGGUAGUAGCGCUAGUCAGCCCCAGUUAGCAGAUAGCUAACCGAUAACGAUAGACAGAGGAACUUUAAGUGUUUCAGUAACCCAGGGUGCUAUCAGCUAGCAGUGAACGCUACAAAGACUACAUUCCGAUAUACUCACCUGUGAACGGUGAAAGAGCUAGCGCUGUGGUUCGCAGCUAAUGCUAAUGCUGCUUCACCCAGCCUUAGUGCUGGAGAAAGAGUACACUGAAAAUGUACUCUUAUAAUGCUGUGGCUUAUACAUGUGGCUUUAUUGCUCUUUAAUACCUGACUGAUAGAAUUAAUACAUAAAGUGCACAAGAUUAUAAAGUGCAGUGUCAAUUUUUGGGAAAAUUAAAGAAAUGUAUGUGUGCCUUAUAGUCUGAAAAAUACGGUAUGCCAAAACCUACUCUGAAGCUGUAAUACUCUGUAAUUCAGUGAAUGCAAUAAUGUAAUACAGUGAAUUACUACAUUAAUGGUAUAUUUUUGCCAUUUUUGCCACGAAAAAACUCAAAAUGCUUUGUAGGCCAAGACUACGCUUAACCCUCUGGGAAAAGUCUGGGAAGCUGCCCCUAAAAGUCCUAGUUAGCACACUGAUUAUGUAUGAAGAUGUUUGAAGGAAUAUUUAUUCACACCUUUUGUAUAAAAUUUUCUUUUCUUUUUCUUAAGUUAUGCAGAAUUGUUGUACAUAUGUAAAAAAAGAAACUUUUUGAAUUUUCAGUUUAGAAUUACCAAAGUAAAUGGCGCUUCAGUAAAUGCUGUACAGUGUUUCUCAUUAGACAUCAGUGUGCCACAUCCUUAAGAAAAUAGCCUAACUCACUUAGUACCCAUUUCCUGUUUUUUCCCCCUGUUUUUGUUUUCUCAGCUUUGAAUGUAGAUUGUUGCAAUAAGUGUUAACAUGAAUUUGUAAAUGGAAUUUCCUGUGCCACAUACGCCUUCCGCCCUUGCACUAUAUAUGAGAUAUAUAUUUUGUUAUUUGUAAAUGCUAUGCAUAUAAAGCUUUUUAUAUGAUGUUUUCA